AUGUCACGUAUAUCAUUGCUGAAAGAUUUGAAUGAUACAACCGAUAGGUGGCACAUAGUGGCAAGAGUUUUCAGAAAAUGGAAUGUCUUUCAUAAGGCAGCCCCUUCAGAUAUUUUUUGUGUGUCAAUGGUUCUAUUGGAUGAAGAGGGGGAUAAAAUACAAGCAAGUGUUUUGAACAAGAGCUUGCAUGACAAGUUUCGGCAUGGUAUUAUUGAAGGACAGACUUACUUCUUUGCCAAUUUUGAAGUCUCUCCAAAUGUUAACCAAUAUAGAGCAACCACUCAUCCUUUCAAGAUUACCUUAACUCCAAGAACCCGUGUUGCUGGGAAACUUGCCAGUCUGCCAAGUUAUUCUUAUUCAUUCUUCCCACUUGCUGAUAUCGUGAAGCUUGAUCAGAGCCAUGUUAUUGAUUACUUGAUAGAUGUUCUGGCAUUUGUGAAGUCAAUGGGCACACUUCAAGAAUAUCGUCGCGACAAUGAAACCAAGAACAAAUUGCGGAUGGUCUUAACUGAUAUAGAGGGAAGUGAUGUCGAAUGUACAUUAUUUGAUGAAGCUGCCAAUGAUGCAUUUAUGUCUCACUUACAAAAUACACAAACACCAGCUGUGUUGUUAUUGAAUAUGGCCAGGAUUGGAUUUUCAGAUGAUGGAAAACCACAAGUUUGCAACUCUUUUAAUGCUACAAGGGUGUUUUUCAAUCCACCUAUUAAGGAAGUACAACAACUUAUUGAUAGUGGAAAAGAUAAUGGCUCACCAGCUCUCUCAUUUCUCAGUCAAACCGCGCCUUCUCAAUUGAGCCAGCAGUCAUGUUCUGGAAUGGCACGAAAUCAAAACAAGAUCACUAUCUCACAGAUAAAAGAUCAACCAAUGGGAGAAAAUUUUGUUAUUAACUGUAUCAUUCAGAAGUUAGAGACAAGAUAUGAUUGGGUUUAUGAUGGUUGUUCAAAAUGUGGCACAAAGCCCCGAUUAGAGAAUGAAACUUCCAUAUGUCCAUCAUGUCGCAAGACGCCAGAUUCAAUAGAACCAAAGAUGAAAGUCCACUACACUGUCAAGGAUCACACAGGAAGUACUUCUGUCAUUUUCUGGGAUAAACUUGCUGUUGAUUUGAUUAAAAAUACAGCCACUGAAUUGAUGCAGAUGCUAGAGAAGGAUCCUGAGGAAGUUGAUUUCCCAAAGAACUUGGACAAUCCUGUUGGGAAGAAUUUGUUGCUCAUUAUGAAACUCAAUGAGUAUAACAAACGCCACCCAGGUUCUAGCAUUAGUGUUUUGCAAUAUCAAUUAUGUGAAGAUUUGAUGGAUCAGUUCACUCAAGCAUCAACUGAGGGUUCUCAGGUUGACAAUGGAGAAGGUGAGGAACAUGUCAAAGCUGAUGAAACAGUUCCUCCAACUGCACAGACAGAGUUUGUUUCGGACUGUAAUGCUAAAGAUGAUAUGAAACUAUCAGAUCUGGUCAACCAUGCUCCACAUCCUCCUGUUAAAGCAAAAAGAAGAGGCAAUGUGAAGAACAACGCAGUGAACCAUAUGGAUGAAGCAUCUCCAGCUCCUCAAGAGAGACGUCUGAAAGCUAUCAAGAUAGAGAAAUAA